AUGUAUCAGCUUCGCGCACGCUCGCCAGCACACCGGUCGGUAGUCGUGCUGCUACAGCCGUUCAUAGCUGCAGUGUAUUGGGCCCUUGAGAGGUCGGACGAUAGCAUUCGAGUUCGUGCUGCAUCCCCCGACGAACGAGUUCCGGAUGCCACUUCGUUCGUUGAUGGCUGGCAUCAUUGGCACGCUUACAAAACGGAGGCACACAUGAGCGACCUCGGUUGA